ACAACAGGAGAGCUGUGAAGAUCAGCAUCUCACCUACUGAAGUGAGUUCAACUGCAGACGGAGUUGGGGGACGGACAGACAGGUCAGGGGGACUUUAGUUGGCUCCCACUUCAUCUAGCACCGGUUAUAUUUUUACCAUAAAAGGCAGGAAAAAGAGUGGUGUGAGACCUUCUGUCCACUGUGAUAUCAUGACAAUGCAGAUCAGCGGCUCACCUUUCCUCAAGCCUUUCUUCCUGAAGACGCCGGUGAGGGUCAGUUCUCUGCAGCAGAGACGCCACACGCUCCCCGCCAGCGAGUUCAGGAACCUCACAAAACAGGAUGCCAUCAGUGUUUUUGAAAUUGAGCGAGAAGCCUUUGUCUCCGUGUCUGGAGAGUGUCCCCUUACUCUGGAUGAAGUGCUUAAUUUCCUGGGUCAGUGUCCUGAGCUGUCCCUGGGUUGGUUCGAAGAGGGACAGCUGGUGGCUUUCAUCAUCGGGUCCGGCUGGGCCAAGGAAAGCCUUUCACAGGAGGCCAUGACUCGGCAUGUCCCAGACACUCCCACUGUGCACAUCCAUGUGCUGUCAGUGCACCGUCACUGUCGGCAGCAGGGUAAGGGCUCCAUCCUCUUGUGGCGCUACCUGCAGUACCUCCGUUGCAUGCCGGGUCUCCGCCGAGCUCUGCUGAUCUGCGAGGACUUUCUGGUGCCCUUCUAUCUCAAGGCCGGCUUCAAGGCGAAAGGGGCAUCACAGAUCUCUAUAUCCAACAUGCAGUUCCAAGAGAUGGAGUACACGCUUGGGGGGCAGGCGUAUGCGAGGCGGAACAGCGGCUGCUAGUCUCCUCCACCUUCCUUUCACUUGUUCAUCUCCGACAGAGGACACGAAAAGAUCAAAUAUAGACAGAUGAAGGGGCCACUGUGCUCCGUUGGCCUGGGUUUCAUCAUCCUGGUGUUUGUGUCUCUGUUAACCCAGUGAAUAAGGAGCCAGGUCUGUGUGAAGACAAUAGAGACUAAGAAUGGUUGCUCUUCAGUGAACAAAAUCUACCACUUGCUUUUUUUUGCAGUCUAUAAUCUGGCUUAUCAGACAACACAUCGCAUCCUCUGCAUUACCAGUAGAACAUCAGCUUUGACCUCAAUGUUAUUUUUCCCUCAUUCAUUUCUGUGGCUCUUUCUUAAUAAGAGCCUGAUUAGAUAACAUUUACAAGAAAAAUGCAAUUUGGAGUUAAGAAAAUAGUUAAAAGAUGUUUUUUUUUUUUUU